AUGUCCGAUCUCAAUCCAUUCCUCCUGGCUGCAGUCACACCAGACCCGGAUCCGCGCUUGCUGCCUCUCCUUCGUUCUAAGCCAGAACUAGCCUCUGCGCAAGAUGCCCAUGGGUAUUCCCUCCUGCAUGCUGCUGCUUCCUACGACCAUGCGGAUCUCCUGCGAUCGCUGGUCAACGAGUUCCAGGUCGACGUGAAUUUGAAAGAUGAGGACGGCGAAACUUGCCUGUUUGUCACGGAAACGGUAGACGUAGCUAAAUGUCUGGUGGAGGAAUUACACAUCGACCUCGAAGUACGAAAUGACGACGGUCUGACUGCAAUCGAGAAGUUCCUGUCCGAACAAGAAUUUCCGGAAGUUGCAGCAUACCUCCAAGAACAUGCCUCAGGCGGCGCUUCUAUUUCGAAUGGCGUCCAACACCCCCCACCUCUCCCACCGAAUAUGACCUUAAACAUUGACACAGCGUCGGAUGCAACAGCUAGCAACCUCGACCAGGAACCGGACCCGGACUUCAGGAGGAGGAUUGAAGAGUUGGCGGCCAGAGACAACUUUCACACGGAAGAAGGCCAGAGAGAACUGCGAGAUCUUAUCACGGAUGCAGUCAGAGGAGUUGGAAAUGGCGAAAGGGAGGUGCGGAGGCGCAUCGAGUGA